AGCUCGUGUUGUCCACUCGUUGAUCACACCAUCGAGAUGUCGCCCCAGAACUACAGGCAACACGGACAGCUGUUACGAAAGGUCCGAGCGGCACAUUUGAGGUCCAGCUGCUGGGCCGCCCGCAAGAUCAGACUCCCGGUGGCCAAAUAUCAGCCUUUUCCUUGUUGGGAGUUCCAAGCACCGUGUCCUGCGCGACGCGUUCAAAAGAAGACGCGUCUCAGCCACAGGCAAUUGUAUUUGCUUCCGGAUGAUUCGUGGUUGCUUAGCGGGUGAAUGUUCCUCGAAAUUCUUCGCAAGGUUCCGAGGCCAGUGGCCGAUUGCGGUGGCUCGAAUUUCGCCCAUUAUGGUAGCUGUAUCCCGAAGCACUGCGACCCGGAAUGUAUUGACUUUCGUGAUGGAAUUCCUCGCGGACUUGGAAGAUGGACGAGAGGCUAUGAUUGGCGACCGACCGAGUGUCCGUCGGGGUAUAUAACUUCAAGGGUCCCACAUCCGUCUCCCCAGCUUCGUCGCCCCAGUCACCACCGCAUCAAGCAUCUCAUCCUUACCUCCUCGUCUACAAUGUCUGGAUACGACUUCACCGCUGCAGAUCUCCCUCGACUUUCUCCAAGCUCCUCACUUAGUGACGAAAGUCGGCUGACUCCCGAUAUUCAAAAUCCUCUGGACAUGCAUCAAAAUACUACGGAGCCAUUAGUCGACGCAGACGAUUUCGCUCACCCGCUUCUUACGGGCACACCAGACUUCUUCCCUUGGUACGACGAUGAGCUAACACCGUCAUCUUCCUGCAUCGAGCCCAAGGCCAUCGGACCGUCCUCUGCUGAUGAUUCCGAUGCAUGGUUGACGUAUCCUUAUUUCGCCGAUACCGGAAGCUUCGACUAUCUCGGAACUGGAUUGCCAUCAACGUUCCCAUCUCAACGCAAUUAUGCUCUCGAAACGAGCAUUCUCGCCAGCAUGGAUUUGCCCGCCGCUCCUUUGUCGCCAGAGUGGGGUUGGCUGCCUCUUACCAGAACUAGUCGCCCCAUUGAUGUGCCACCCGCAGCACCGCGUACGGUCCAAACCGGCUCUGAUUCCGUCGCCCAUCCGUUGCCACCAAUGCCACAGGAUCUCUCCUUGUCUUAUCCCUGGGAUGAGUCUCCCUUCACGCAGGAGCAUUCAUACAUUCCUUGCUACGGACUCGACUCGGUUCCCGUAUCGCCUGGUACUACUUACCCUCCUACCGGCUCCGGCAUUCCUCCCACGGCGUAUACGACCCCAGGCUUUCCCACAGGCAUUGCAGGAAGCUGGCCUAGCGGACCCACCUCUUCAUCCUCCAAUGUAUCAUCUCCAGAUGCUGGGCCAUCGUCGUCCAGCAUGGCGCCGCGCUACAGUCCUGCGCCUCAACUCCCCAAUAACUUGCUUCUGGCCCCUGUGGAAUAUAACUUUGACUUCACCCAACCCUUGGACUCCCCAGCUUACCCGUCUGCGCCGACACUCUUGCAGAUUCAGGCGCAAAAUACCGCAGAGUCUGACGCUGUCCAGCCCAGGCCUGCAAAGAGGCGGCGCUCGCUUCCUCUCGUCCCGGCAGGGUCUAGCUCAAAGGCAAGUUCGUCGUGCGGUCGUUCGAACAAGACAGAACAAUUUGUUCGGCGACGUCGGAGCGAGGCGUUGGCGGCCAAGAUUGGCACGCCGGUAACGUCUCGUAAGCGGAAGCACAGAGAGGAGAAUGAUGAAAAUGAGCCACCGGUCUCCCAUGGUCAGCAGGCGGAUGAAGGGGAAUUAGUUCUAUGGGAUCUCUUCCGGAAGAAGGAGGUCCAACUCGACCGCAAGCUGCACUGCCGGUUCAGGGCGCAGGGGUGUCGGUGGACGUUCGACGGUGUGAGGGACCUCAAGCGGCACGAAGAGGAUCGAUCACACCGUGAUGACCGGAAGGCGAUGGGGUGCACCCCGCUCCUUCUGUAUCACUGCCCGUGGACCGAUUGCGACUUUUCAAGCCGGAGAGAUUACUGUCUCAAAUCACAUUGGAAGGCUCUUACGAGGGGUUGCGUGAAGCAUUUGAUCGAGGACCCGCGUUGGCCAUACGAGUCGCUUGAAGAUCUCCACCAGCAUCUACGUGAGCAUCCCGCAUACUUUCAAUGUCCUGAAUUCUAGGACAAGUAGCCAGCAUCGAAUGUGUGACGGCAUGCUGCGCUCUCCUCUAUCAUUCUCAUUCUACCUCUCUGUCUGACUUUAAGAAGGCAUCACUGUACUAUCUACAGCUUCCACUUUCCCAUUCCUCAUCAUAUA